AUGCUCACAAUCGAAGUCGGCCAUGAAGAGUGUUUCGUGAACGGCGACGGUGCCCUUCACGACAAUGGUCCGGCCGCAAGAACAGCAACUCGACCGACACCACCAGAGUCUGCAAGCAACGCGCGAACACCAGCUCCAGAGCCAUGGAUCAACGGACUCCGCGGUCUGGCAGCUUUGCAGGUUGUGAUCUUCCACUAUAUCACUCCUGAAGCAUUCUUCAUCUAUGAGUCCGCCUGGGUUCCACCAGAACAUCCUGGUCCGCGGAUCUUGAAGCUGAUACCAGUUCGACUGCUCGCGCAAGGCGAUGCCAUGGCUAGGCUCUUCUUCGUACUCUCCGGGUAUUGCAUUGCACUGGGGUUCAGCAAAGAGGCGAGGAGUGGGCCAUCCAUCCAGUACUAUGGCAAACUGACUUCGGCGGUCUUCCGGCGGUCUUUACGCCUGUUCAUUCCCUUCACAGUUGUGGCCAUUCUGGGCCAUGCCCUUUGGUUUCUGGGACUCUAUGCUGAAGAGCCGCCUGACCUCGAGAACUUCUGUCCGGAUGCACGGCCUUGGGCUUCGCCUUGGUCGCACGUUUCGUGUACGUGCGCGUACCUUCUGAACGCUUUCAAUACUGUUGACCUCCAAUGGACAUUCGGCCUCCACAACUCGUUGUGGUCAGUACCUCUCGAGCUGCGGGGUUCGUUAGCAACAUAUACUACAUUGCUCGGUCUCGCCAACAUCCGGACCAAAUGGCGCAUUAGCAUUGUCGCAAUGCUAGCGACCUACAAUUUCUACUACAGCACUAAGGACUUGACUGGGUUCUUUGCAGGGCUGUUGAUCGCAGAAUUACAGAGGCAUAUUGCGACGCUGAAGAGAAAAGGUCCCCUGCCGGAGCACCUAGUCACAACCCUUUCGACCCUGGCUCUCACGACCGGACUAUACCUGCUCUCGCUUCCAAUGAAACUUCACAACGAUCCAGUAGAGUCACUUCCUCCGGACUAUGACUUUAUAAGGUCAUUGCACCUGCCUCAUUGGAAGUCCGCUGGUGAUUAUGGUUGGGGAGCUUACUACCUUGGCAGCACAAUGCUGCUCGCAGGACUGCUGGGGUUCCCAAAAUUGAGACAAUGGCUGUCUGUGGGUCCGCUGCAAUCGCUGGGAGACAUCUCGUACUCUCUGUCUCUGGUCCACUUUGCAGUUAAAUGGGUCUGUCAGAGAAGAAUCCUCUGGAUCGUGUCUCAGGUGCUCGGUCUUGACGAGCAAAGUGGGAUGCCAGAGGUUAUGGGCAAUCUUGUUACACCCGUGAUGCUCAUGCGUACUGUAGCCUUUGUCGUAUAUUUAGGCGUCACUUUCGCUUGCGCUUCUGUGUUGACAAUUGAGCUGGAAAGGCCAUCCAAGCAGUGGGCCCACAAGAUCGAGCAGAAGCUGUCCGUGCCUAAGCAAGAUUAA